AACAGUCGAAAACUACCUGUUUGCUAAUGAUCACUUCUAUUCCUCCUCCAAAUAUGGAUAGUGAAGCUGGUCCUAAAGAUUUAAGGGGUACAUUACCUUCGGCGGCCACGGUUUUUCUCAAUAUUUUUAACUCGAUCACAUAUAUGAAUCUCGGUGCUGCUGCUUUUUGUGGCUUCUUUACUGGGACCAUAAUUGUCACCGGACCACUUAAAUCGCACGUAUUUUUGUGCACAUUUGGGUACAUAAUCAUGAUGAGCUUAGCAGUUCUUACUCUAAGCCCUCACAGUGGCUGGACCACGAGUAUCAAGUAUAGUCUAAGGAAGCGUAUCCAUGGGGCGAUGCAGGUGAUCGGUGCUGCGCUAGCCAUUAGUGGAAGUGCAUUAGUUAUGGGUUUGAUGCCUAAAUGGUUUUCGAAGUCCGUACAUGGUAUUUUUGGUAUAAUGGCCCUUGCGUGCCUCUGUUUAAGUUUUGUUCUUGGAAUAUUGAACGUAUUAUCCUCAAGGAUGCCAAGCCUAGAAAGGGCUAUUAAAAUAGGUCACACAUUUUCGGGGGUUUUUACAUUAGUAUUUGCCUUUUUAAGUCUUAUUAUGGGCUUUGAUGUAUUAUUGUCGCUUGGAUUUAACGGUGUCGGUAUCUUGGGGAUGUUGGUCACUGCGAUUGCGAUGAUUGGGGUCGUUACAUCCGCCUUGAUUACUGCAUUGAGAAGAAUGUGUUGUUAAUUAAUAUUAAUUAUGGUGAAAUGGGUGACACUAAUUUUCUUGCCACAUUUCGACUCAUCCGUAGAACAUUCGAUUUUGUAUUUCCGAAAUGAAAUCAGAUAUAUAAAUUCUCAAAACAUC